AUGAUCCUUAUGGGAAUCAUAGCUAUGCCCAGACAGUCUGCGGCUGUAUACUCAAUCUCCACGGAGGAAGGAUCAUCUUGGGUUUCAAAGAUCCAAUCCAAUUUACAGGUUUUACCACGACUGGCUCGAAUCUCUUUAUCUACGGCUAAUCACCUCGUCUCCGGACUUAUCAUCUCCAGUAUCUUCCGCAUCCGAACUGGUUCACUAGACUUUAGGUGCUUUUUUGCUGUCUUCGAGGUUCGUUUCUCAGCAACUACCCCCCGGGAUUCGUCUUCUCAGCUUUUGACUAUCUCGAGUUUCUCAUCUAUGAACGUGCCGGUUCUGCUCUCCCCUUUUCUUUUGGGUUGCCCAACCCUCCAUAACUCAAAUAUUAUUAUCUCUUUAAUUACGCCCCGCACAACCAUCUUAACUCGCUCGGCCUCCUCAAAGAAGAAGUCUUCUGUGUCAGCUUCUCGCUUCAGCUCGCAGGCCUGCUGUGCUGCUCUUCAAGCAGAUGCUUCUUUCUCUUCCAGCCCAAGCCCAUCUUGA